AUGCCACACGGUCUGGAUAUCCUUCUCUGCUUGCCACUAUGGUGUGUUUGCGUAUGCCUGCAGGUGGCAACUACGUUCUCCGAGACGCUGGCCUGUACUUGCUGGUUGACGGAGAAAUCCUGCGGCCGGAGUCUCUUCGUCAUCGGCAGGACCUUCUCCGGUUUGUUGUCUCUGGUCUGAGGCCCGCGUUGAGAGAGGCCUCAGGUGCGACACAAAUGCGAUGAAGUGAUUGAUUGAUCAUCUGUGUCUGUCUUGUUGUAUGGUUGUUGUAGCUGGCCCCUUCGUGAGGCCAAGCGCAGCGGUCUCACCGACGGCCAGCGACACGUAAGUGAAGCCAAGACUGCUGCUGAAAUACUGAGAGGGAAUCGUGUCAGCCAUGUGGUCUAUCUGCUUGUUGAUCUGGCUGGCUACAGGACCAGGGCGACCGAGACACCGACCCUGCCGCCCAGCUCUCCGCCACCCAGCUCGCCAUCCCACAUGUCGGCCAGGGCAACCGACACGUGAGUGGCAGAGAAAACUGACGAAAAUGCACCUGAUAGACUCGACUGUUGCUUCUCAGUGUAACAAGACAGACGCCAAGUGCGACGAUCGGACAACUUCUCGUGAAGAUCAAGGAGUUGCGGAAGACACUAAGGGGGCUGUCCGACAUCUCCCCGGAGGAGAUAUGGGCCCACGUUCGUUCCCUGGUCAUGUCCCAUCAGCUCAUCCGCCUACAGCCGGUCAACUCACCCGACCAGCCCACAGCAGCGAGAACUGCCGAAGCACAGCAAGCGACGUUCGACUGGGCCGCCCAAUGGCAUCAGGUUGAAAAUACGAAGGAAAACACACUAUGUCACUUGUCGUACGUCUUGUGAUGUUGCAGGCUGACGAUACAAGAGACCUCCAGCGACCGGGGGUGCACCUCUACUACACACUCAAGUCAAGCAAGAGCAGCAACAGCAGCAGCAGCACCAACACCAGCAGCAGCGCCAACAGCAGCAACCGGAGCCUGAGGAUGCCGAAGUGCGAGUACAUUGUGGGCUGCGUGGAAAGUGAGUCAGGGGAGCCGCUGUACCAUCGUCUGGACAGCAAGAUGUGCGGGCAGCUCACCAAUGAGCUGUGGUACGUCCACAUCGACCGGAAGGUGAGAGAAGAUGGGGAGGGAACGGAUGUUGGGACGGCUGGCUGAGUGUUUGAUUCUCUGUCAGUCGAUGUAUUUCAUCAUGGGCAUCACCGAGGGGGGCAGGGAGAAAGAGUGGGACGCGCCGCCCUUCCACACCGUGACCGACACAGACAGUCGAGACCGCCAUCCCUUUGCACGGGUGUGUAGUCUGGAAAGCUACUAUUCCAUCAAGCAUGAGGGGAUCUAUUUGCUGCAUGAAGGCGUCGUCCACACGCUCUGGCCGGAGGAAACCAUCAUUCGUGAGGCGUGUCUCGGUGAGAAAUGACCACAAAAGAAGACUGUCGGUCCCAAACGUCUUCAAGUUGGUCCCCUUCAGACAUUCUGUCGCUGCUCGACAAGGAGGCCAUGACAGCGAACAGUGCCCACAUUCUUUACACGACCAGCUGGAGGCAUCCUCGCUGCCACUACCGACGAGCAGACUUCAUUUCGAACAUUGUGAGGGAGGUGAGGUGGACCGGUUCGCCCGGUGUCAGGUGUGAGGGCGUCCCAGAGGGCGAAGGAGACCUCUUUCACAUCUCGAUGGCCUGGCACGAGGUGAGGAGACGCGGGACACACACUCUGCUGUCAUCUUUGUGUCGCUCAUCGUGUCGUCUGUCUUGUCAGAAUCUGCGCAUUCUGUUCAACGAUGGCAAUGAGGAGAAGACCGUCUGGGAUCAUCCUCGAGGCGAGGCUCUGCCCACAGCAAUUGGGGCCAGUAAUGGUUCGAUUGGGCUGUGUCUCCCUCUUCAGAUGGCAGCGGCGCCUAUGUGAUUCCCUCGCCGGGCCUUUACGUCAUAUCGCAGAGCUGCAUGUACUCGGCCUCCACCUUCAACGCGGCUGACGAUGGCCUCCUUCUCCACAUAUACCAGCUGCUGGAGGCAAAGACAGCCGACAUGGCCAGUAAGCAACAAGACACGAACAGCCCGAAGAAGUCAGAUGAGUCUUUGUGUAUGUGUGUGUGUGUCUUGUGUGUCUCAGCUGCCGACGAGCAUCGUGAGACGCAAGGGGAGCUCCGUGCCUUGGCCUCGAGGCUGAGCACAGUGAGAAGCCAGGAAAGUCGUCCUUCAGCGGCCGGAGGGGAGGCAUUCCAGAGGCGACUAACAUCCAUCGUGGGACUUACAAGACCAAGACAUAGGGCAUUUUUGUGGCGUGGUAGUACGUGCGCCUGUAGGAUAGGACAUGGAUGCGAUGAGUUGCAGUCGGGUUUGUGCCGUGAGUGAGGGUUCUGUUUGCUAUUUUUGCGUUGAUGGAGAUGUGACACUCACUCACUCACUCACGAUAGAUGGGAUGGAUAACCUAUGUAUGUAUCCUUCGAGAGGCACACCGCCAGCCAACGGCUCGGCGACUUCUUUGCGUGUGUGUGUGUGUGUUGGAUGAAGGCUGGCCAGCCAAGCUUUCACUGCAUGUGUUUCUGUGGCUGUCCAUCGACUCAUGAAUGCAGCCCGGCACAGAGACAAAUGAAU